UAUAUAUGUAUAUAUAUAUAUACAUCGUAUAGCUCUGUUCUUUAUCUCUACUCUCGGACUCGACGCGCACGUUGCAACUCUCUCGAUUCGCGUAUGUAAAGCCGUGCGUUUAUAUAUUUAUCCAUCUUACAUACAUCGGCAAAAGUAUUAUAUAGGUAGGUAUCUCCAGCAGCUGCGGCUACAGGCGCGCGUCUUUCCUCUCGGUAUUUUCGCACUUUAGCUCACAAGUACGCGCAAGGUGGCCAAGCCGAGAGGACACUGACGUUUCUCCGCUCUCUCCCGGAAUAAUUAAUUAAUUACAUCCUUAUACCUACGCUCACGCCAAAUAUCGCGCUGUUACUCAUACACCCUUUAAUCGAGAGUAGUUAUAGUACAGUACUUUGCCACCGGUGUGUGUGAGGUUUUCUUUUCCUCCGAAGCUGCACCGAACUGCUGUCAAAAGUAUAUCGACAACAUACAUAUAUACACGUAUACAGAAUAAUGAACGAGUCCGCGGUCAGCAUGAACAAUAUUGUAAAGGAUGCGCCCAACGGGAGAAUAUAUUACGAGCUGGAGGGAGAGGGAGAGGACGGCGACAGCUCGACAACACCUUGCAAUCCAGCGGAUCGAGGCGACCGUAGUGAAAGCCCGAUAUUUGGCUUGGACCCUACGUCAACCAACAAUGGCGGUGCUGGCUCCGUUGGCAAUCCCGGCCUCAGACUGGGCCCGCACGAGUUGCCCAAUGAAAUUUCAGCGCCUUACGAAGUGCCACAGUUUCCCAUAGAACAAAUAGAAAAAAAGCUCCUCAUCCAACGACAGCUGACAGUCAAAGCCGCCAAGGAUCUCGAGGAGAGGCGUAGCCAUUACGAGCCGUCGGUCGGCCCUCAGACCGAUGAUUUGGACCACAUAUUGCCUUUCGAGGAAAAUGACUUUGUGCCUCACUUUCAACGAGUUUCGAUAUCCGGCGAGGACACCUCCGGGGUUCCAUUGGAAGAUCUGCAGCAGGCGUCGCAGUUGCUCAUUCGAGCCCUGGACAUUCGCGAAAGGUACAUGAACAACUCGAAACAGUCCUUCCCGAGCAUAACGACCAGGUUUUUACGGAGCGUCGACAAAAAGCCCGUGAGCGCCGACGAAGUGCAGCACGACGAUCGCAAAGCCAUCGAAGAGCAUCCAGUGCACGUGCCGGCUUCGCGCGGCGAUCCUUGGGAAUGCGAAUUCCCGGCGAGCAAGAAUUACACGAUCGCGCCAAUCAACGGGGUCUUCAACUUGUUCGCCAGCAAGGAGGACCUCGACAACAGAAAACCCAUCCCUUACUCGUACCCCGACCUCGCGACCUUCGUCAGGGACAUGAACCAGCUGUGCUUCAUGAUCGCGGACGGGCCCCUCAAGUCCUUCUGCUACAGGCGGCUCAGCUACCUCUCCUCCAAGUUCCAGCUGCACGUGCUGCUGAACGAGCUGCGCGAGCUCGCCAGUCAAAAGGCCGUGCCGCACCGGGAUUUCUACAACAUCAGAAAGGUCGACACCCACAUUCACGCCGCGUCCUGCAUGAAUCAGAAGCACCUGCUGCGCUUCAUUAAAAAAACCCUGAAGAACCACGCCAACGAGGUGGUCACGUGCUCCAAGAACGGGGAAAAAAUGACCCUGCGGGAGGUGUUUCAGUCCAUGAGCCUGACAACGUACGACCUCAGCGUCGACAUGCUCGACGUACACGCCGACAGAAAUACGUUUCACAGGUUCGACAAAUUCAACGCCAAGUACAACCCCAUCGGUGAAAGCAGGUUGAGGGAAGUUUUUCUCAAAACCGACAACUACAUCAAUGGAAAGUUCUUCGCUAGUAUCAUCAAGGAGGUAUUGAGCGACUUGGAGGAAUCAAAGUAUCAAAACGUGGAAUUGCGUCUUUCGAUAUACGGCAAAAGUCCCGAGGAAUGGGAUAAACUUGCCAAAUGGGCGAUCCAGAGCGACGUUUACUCCGAUAACGUUCGCUGGCUCAUACAGAUCCCCCGAUUGUACGACAUUUUCAAAUUGAACAAGCUGAUGACGAAUUUUCAAGAAAUUUUAAACAACAUUUUCUUGCCUCUGUUCGAGGUGACCAACGAUCCCACGACACAUCCCGAAUUGCACAAAUUUCUUCAAUACGUUAUUGGCUUUGAUUCGGUCGAUGACGAGAGUAAACCCGAAAAUCCACUUUUCGACAAAGACGUGUCCCCUCCGGCAGAAUGGAACGAUACGGAAAAUCCACCGUACGGCUACUAUCAGUACUACACUUACGCAAACAUGACUGUGCUCAAUCACUUCCGAGAGGAACAAGGCCUGAAUACUUUUGUCCUCCGACCCCACUGCGGUGAAGCUGGACCAAUUCAGCAUUUAGUUUGUGGCUUCAUGAUGGCAGAAAAUAUAUCGCACGGCUUGUUACUUCGAAAAGUACCAGUUUUGCAGUACCUAUAUUAUUUAGCGCAAAUUGGCAUAGCCAUGUCUCCACUGAGCAACAAUUCACUGUUUUUAAAUUAUCACCGGAAUCCAUUGCCGGAAUAUCUAGCGAGGGGUUUGUGCGUGAGUCUAUCGACGGAUGAUCCUCUGCAGUUUCAUUUCACCAAAGAACCCCUGAUGGAGGAAUACAGUAUCGCUGCCCAAGUGUGGAAACUUAGCUCGUGCGACAUGUGCGAAUUAGCGAGGAAUUCCGUGAUUAUGAGUGGUUUUCCCCAUAAGAGUAAGCAAUACUGGCUUGGACCAAAUUACACUAAAGAAGGAGUAGCCGGGAACGAUAUUACCCGAACAAAUGUGCCAGACAUACGAGUGGCCUAUCGUUAUGAGACUUUGGUUGAUGAACUGUCUAACAUAUUCAAGGUUGCAGAAUAAGUAUCCAAAAGCUUAUGUGCAAUACUUAAUAUUAUAAACAUUUAAUUUUUACUGAAUUUUGAAUCGAUGGUAAACAAAAAAAAAAAAAAAGA